UGCACAGUUACUUGUGGUGGUGGAAUAAGGACUCGUAAUGUCACUUGUGCCAAAAAUAAUGAUGAGCCAUGUGAUACUUCGAAGAGACCAAACUCUAAGGCCCUGUGUGGUCUCCAGCAAUGUCCUUCUGCUGGAAGAUUUCUGGCACCCCCACUGGCACCCAGAAGAGGAAAGAUCAUAAUCAGAAAAACAAUUACUAAUCCUGAAUGGAAUCCUCCUCGCAGAACACCCUUACCAAGCCCGAGGUCCCAUACAACAACAAAAGUACCCAAUCCCAAAAGUGUAACUCCCUGUUUACCUACAUCCUCUGGUUUGGGUAAUGUGUCAGAAAAAGAAGGAACUGCCAACAAAACAUUACAAAAUAAUUUUUCUGGACCAAGUGAUGUUUACAGUUACCCGGUUGUUUCUACUGAAAAUAAUUCACUCCAAAAUACUACUUCAUUGCCUUUGCAUAAGAGCUUAAGUACUGAAAGUAUUUUUGAAAGGGAGCCAGUUUCUACUGUAGAAAGUGAGGUGCAAAGAAGUGGGGAUACUCCUGUCUCCUCCUUUACCAGUAGUCCAGAAAUAACUUCCAGCUAUGAUUACUUAACUGAAGAAUCUGAUGACAUUGAUGGGUCAGUUGGAAGCAGUGAGAAACCGAUUGAUCUCCUUUACAGCACAGAACUCGAUCCUGAAAUCAGAACCAGGGGCACACCCCUCGAUACCAGCUCUCCUGUCCUUCAAAACAAAAGCGUGACUUCUCAGCCCACCACUGUGUCUCAUUCUACGCUCCUUCCUGUUAGCGGAGCAACACAAGGACUGGCAUUUCCAACAACAGCAAACUAUAUCAGUCUGCAAGUUGAUGUGCCUGUUGUAGAAGUAACAACCCAAGAAGCAUCUGUUACAGUAAUGCCCACAGUGUUUUUUCAUGUACCGAGAGAGCAGACUGACAACACAAGGGAAAUGAAGCUACUUGACACCGUGACCUCCAGCACACAAUCAUCAGCUCUCAAGCAUGUUCUCAGGAACCAAAGUAUAACAUCUGAGGACGUUUUGAUGACUGUCACACCAAGCAGACACCUAAUAACAUCCAACAAUUUGCCUGGUGAUGCCUAUUGGAUAGUAGGCAACUGGAGUGAGUGCUCUACCACCUGUGGAAUGGGGGCUUUCUGGAGACACGUGGAGUGCAGCAGCAGGAACACAUCUCACUGUCAGCACAUGAAAAAGCCUGAUCCUGCAAGAAAAUGUUAUCUCCGCCCAUGUGCUAGCUGGAAAACAGGAAACUGGAGCAAGUGCUCUGCUAACUGCAGCGGUGGUUUCAAGACCCGAGAUGUUUACUGCAUUGAUGUUCGUGAAAAACGACUUCUCAGGCCUUUUCAUUGCCAAUUACUUGGAUAUAAACCACAACUCAGCACUAGUUGUAACAUGGAGCCUUGCUUGCAGUGGAAUGUGGAGCCCUGGAAUGAGUGCACCGUUUCUUGUGGAGGGGGCAUUCAGCAAAGAACUGUGACGUGCAUGAAUAUAGAAACUAAUGAAACUGAAGAUCACAGUAUGUGUUUGGAUAAACCCAAGCCCACAGAGUAUCAGAAAUGCAAUCUGCAAGAGUGCACAAAGAGUCCAGGGCUAUCCUGCAGCAAAGACCAACUGUCGGUCCGUUUCUGCCAGAGGCUGAAAGGCAUUGGCAAGUGCUUGCUGCCAUCAAUACAGACUCAGUGCUGCUUCACAUGUAGCCAGCCCCGAAUUCGUAACAAAACAAGAUAUUGGGAUCAGCGAGGCCUCAAGCAGCAGAAUUACACUAAAUCUAGAAGGAAAUCACCUCAAAACCAAGAAAACAACAACCAAGCUGCUCAGCACUAG